UUUCUGCGGCUUUCUCCAGGGCUGUGGUGUUGCGCAUUAUGUGAAAAGACGCUGCCAGCAGCACAAGCUCCAUCCGACCCCCGGCGCGGACCCCAGGCCUGCCUGAUCCCCCGUGGGAGUCCCAUGUGUGGGAGAGUUUUCCUCUCCAGAGCCCAGUGAAAAAACAUCACAGCCAUGGAUGUGCAACUCACGAGUCCCUACCCUUCCCUAAUGGCGACUGGCAGUACUCUCCACAGCCCACUGUACCGGGUACUAAUCCGAGUGUCUGAGAACUACCCUAGAAUAGAGAGGAAGCUACAAAAGUAUUUCCAGAACCCAUGGAGAUCCGGAGGAGGGAAAUGCAAGGUCAAACCUGGUCCCCGUGAAGACACUUUCUGGGUAGAGUUUUAUAAAAGACAAGCCAAGGAAGGUGUGAUAGCAAGGGGAGAUCACAUUGUAGCAGUCAGUGAUACAUUACAUGUGAAUGUCUACAUAGAAGGAAAUGAAGACCCAGGAGAGAACAACACUUUGGAGAUAAGCCAGCUUUCCUCUCAGGCUCAGGCACUCCCAAAGGAAUCUCCAGGUGAGAAGAACCCAGAUGAAGGAGGUGCUGCUAGCUCCUCUAAUUCCUUCAUUCAAAAGAUAUUUCUCUAUGUGGAAGCCCAGCUGAACUUCAAGCUUUCCAAAGAGCAAAGGGAGAAAAUUAUCAGCCUCUGCCCAAAUCUCAAAAUAGAGGGAGGCAAGGAUGGGCCUGAGAAAAUGAUUGGUGACUACGAAGACAUUGAAAAAACUUAUCGAUUCUUAAGUGACACCACCCUGGGAAAUGACCAGAAAGAAGAUUUUUCCCACUCAGCCUCAGCAAGAGAAAUCAAGCAAAUUAUGCCAAAUUACUGUGACAAUCCUAUUUUUCAAGCAAACCCCAAACACAUGACAGAAGAAGAGUCGGACCUCAUCUCUGUUCCUUCACAUUUGUAUGAAUAUUUCAAAUAUUUCUUUGCUGAAACUCUGGACAGAAUAGAAAGUAAGCAUCAAGUACGUAUCACAAGUAAUUUGGCAUAUCCUACGGGCAAUGUGUGUCUAGACUUCGAGACAAGUAAGCCAGAGGACAGGAAAGCGGCCCAAGAAGCUUUUAUCAGAGCAUUUCAGAGGGAAAUCCAGAAUGUGACCCGUCAUGAUGUUCAUUUCACAGAUAAUAAGCUGGCACUUGAUGUCCAAAAAACACUGACUGACAUGUUUCAAAACCUCCAUAUUAAAGCUGAAGGAAAAGUCUUAAUCCUCUGGGGAAGUCCACAGGAUAUCUUAGGAGCUCAACGUUUCAUUGAAGCAAACUUCUCUCGCAAACAACCUGUGGAAAUGACGGCUCCCCAAAACAUGAUGAGAAAUGAAAUUGAGGUUGAUACAGCUCACUUGCAUCUUCUGUACCAAGAAAUCAGAGAAAUAGAGAAAAAAUAUGGCACUGCAGUGGAAUUGAUGAAUAUACCCCAAACUCAGAAAACCCUUAUUGCAUUUAAACCAAAAGACAAAGGCUUAGACCUCUCUGCACAAGCUUAUGAAGAUUUCGUUGAUGUCCUUCAGAUGCUCUUACCUCAGAUUGUCAAAGAAGUAGUUAUCCUGAAACCAUUAGAACAAAAUAGAAAUAGUUGGCCAGAAAAGACAUUCUUUCAAGAUUUUGAAAGAAAGCACCCCAAUGUAAACUUGGAGUGCAAUGUACAAGAACUGACACUGACUGGUUUGCCCAAGUACGUUGCAGAAGCAAGGCAAUAUGUUAAGAGAUAUCUUAGUAUUGACGUUCCUGCCCAGAAGAGACAAGGGCCACCUCUCUCCUUUGGAGGGAAUUGGAAUAGAGACUCCAGAUCCCCCUUGGACAAACUUGGUGAUGAUUUCAAGACAGCUUUACCUGUAUCCAAGGGAUUGUCUAACUAUGGAGACUUAGGAAAAGAGGAAGAUGAAGAGGAGGAGGAGGAGGAGGAAGAAGAAGAAGAGGAGGCAGAGGAAGGAGAGGGGGAGGAGGAGGAGGAUGAAGAGGAGGAAGAGGAGGAAGGGGAGGAGGAAGAGGAGGAGGAGGAAGAGGAGGAGGAGGAGGAGGAGGAGGAGGAGAAGGAGGAGUGUGUUAUCUGUAUGGAAAGCAUUCAACACAAAGAAGUCCUCCCAAAGUGCAAGCAUGCAUUCUGUGGCCCUUGUAUCAAAGAGGCCAUGAAACAUAAGCCAGUGUGCCCUGUGUGCCAGGCUUCCUAUGGUAUCGUGAAAGGGAAUCAGCCAGAUGGAACAAUGACAACCUCUUACAGAACAUCUUCACUUCCGGGUUAUAAUUCCUAUGGCACUAUUGUGAUUCAUUAUGACAUGCGGGGAGGCAUACAGACAGAAGAUCAUCCCAACCCAGGAAAGCGCUAUGAAGGAACAAGACGGGUGGCAUACUUGCCAAAUAAUGAAGAAGGACGGCAGGUUUUGAAUCUCCUCCGAAGAGCUUUUGAACAAAGGCUGAUUUUCACAGUAGGACAGUCUCGAACAUCAGGAGUCAAGGAUGUGAUCACUUGGAAUGAUAUUCACCACAAAACUCUCCAAUUCGGCGGGCCAGAAAACUUUGGUUACCCUGAUCCCAACUAUCUACAGCGAGUCAAGCUGGAGCUGAAGGCAAAAGGAAUUGAGUAAGAGUGCUGAAAGCUUCAAGGAUUCCUUGAAAGCUGGGCUUGCAAAAGCUGUAGGUGUGGAAAGGAAUCAAAACAGUCUAAAAUAUUUGUGUUGGUAGGCACCAUUUAGAGAAAAAUAAAAGGCCUUGAGAAGAAAUCAGUUUGUUUAGGGGUGAGUGGGAUAAACUGCUACAUGCUAACCUGUCUUAAUUUAUUGGAGAUUUUAGUUUUGAUUAGACAAACUGAGAGACUGGUAGUAAUGUAUAAGUUGCUCUAGUGAGAUCCAAAAGUUUUCCUGCCUGUUUCCAUUUUGCUGUUACCAGGGAUGCUCGAGUUAAGGAUGCUUCCAUUGUACCACUUUCACAAGGUGAUGACGGACCCUCAGCUCCAUUCACAUUAUUUGUCAUAAGCUGUUGGUGGCCUUGGAAUUCACCAGAGCUUGCUCCAUUCGAAAUGGACUGGUUACCAGGAACAUUAAAAAGAUUGAAAGACAUCUUGAAGAAAAUUAGUCUCUAAAUACUUACAUAAGUCCUUCAUUUCAGAAAGAAACUAUCCAUCCCAGGGGCUCUGGCAAAUUUAAUAUGAAUUGAGUAAUGAGGAAAGAUAUUUGUCUUCAGUAAAAUCCAUUGAAGUCCAUUCACUUUCAGGAACAAGUAGAAAAGCUUGUUUAGCAUUCAAAGCUCUUUAUAACCUUGCCCCUCCCUUUGCUUCUUGACUGUGUACUCUGUGAUUCAGUGUUAUUGGCCUCCUUGAUGUUCCUUGCACAAGAAACUCCAUCUCUCCAGAUUGUGCAUUUUCACCGUACCUGGAAUUCUUUUCCUCCACACUUCCACUGACCAGCUUCCCUGACUUCUUUCAAUUCUACCUAAAAUCUCACCUUCUACAUGAAGCUUCCCCCAAAUCCCCUUAAUACUAGUGACUUUACUCUGUGGGUUAUCUCCAAUUUAUCUUGUGUGUGGCUUGUUUGUACAUAGUUGUUUGAAUAUUGUCUUCUCCAUUAGACUGUGAGCUACUUGAGAACAGAGACUGUAUUUUGCCUUCUUUUGUAUCCCCAGCACUUAGCAUAGUGCCUAGAAUAUAGAAGGCACUUAAUACUUGUUGACUAACUGUCUAACUUUGGGCAGGCUCAUUAACCUGGCUAAGAAUGAGUUUCCAGAUUAACAGGCAACUGGCAUUAGCUUGUGUUCUGCCCUAUUUCUCUGCCUUCUUAGCUCACCUUUUGGGGUGCACCUAGUGGCAUUUCCUCUGUUUGUCUAGCCUAAGUGAGACCACAUUCAUACCCAAAUAUUUUCUGACUUUUAACUUCCAAAAAAAUUGUCUGCUCAAUUUGCUAUUAUUCUAGGUGCCCCCCUCAAAAGUGUAGUUCUAGGGCAACAGAUGAAAUGCCCAUUCUUCUCUGGAUGAGUCCACUAUUGGUAUUUCCUACAAAAACUAAGCAGAAAUAUUUAUUAGGAGCUUACAUACUGGAUCCUGUAGCAUUGUUUGGAAAAUGAAAGAGAACCUCUGAUACAGAGAGGUACCUCUCCCAGUUACAAAUAGCUUAUGGGUGAUAAUGCAACACCCUAUUGCCCCAGGGCAGAAGAUUAAGUAUUGUAGCUCAAAUGAUCUUUAGUUGAUCCUUCAAAUAAUUAAAUCAUUUCAUUCUGGCUCUAUGCUUAUGUUAGGGGAAAAAUAAUUGAAUGGCUGUAUCAGAUGCUUCUAAUAAAGUCAAUACUGUGUCAUGAUCAGAAAAAAAUAUUAUUGUCUGUAAAGAAUUUAUUAACUAUUUCUGUGUUUUUACAUUUGUUUGUAAUGUGCUCUAAAUUUACAUGGUCAAUUUUUGUAAAAGUUCCACGUGCUACUGUGAAAUGUGUAUACUAUUUUCUAGUCCCAUUUAGAAGAUACUGGAAGUCUUUCUGGUUUAGUAUCCCAGCAAUUUGUUCAGUUCCUUAUUUUUCUUUUUGUUUAUGUUUCUUAAAUGUUUAUUAAAGUCAUUCCAAACUGAGAGAGACUGA